UUACACUUCAGGUCCUCCAAGGGAUAGAGGGCAAAAGAAGCCUAACAAUAUUGGCUUAUAUUUCAUUUCUCUGAUCUUUUUUACUUUUGGUACCGACAAAAUAUUUCAUGAAAGAUCAAUAAUCAGCUAGUCAUAUAAUUACAUUUUUCCUAGUACUGUUAUUGAAUGUUCUGUCCUUGAUGGGGCAAGCGAAUUCGGCAUCCGGAAUGGCUGUGAACGAUGAAUGUAAAAUGAAGUUCUUGGAGCUAAAAGCAAAGCGAAGCUUCAGGUUCAUUGUUUUCAAAAUAGAAGAAAAGAUUCAACAAGUUGUGGUUGAUAAGCUAGGUGAACCCAGCGGCAGCUAUGAAGACUUGAGUGCCAGUUUUCCUUCUAACGAGUGCCGUUAUGCUGUCUAUGAUUUUGAUUUCACUACUGAUGAAAACUGCCAGAAGAGCAAAUUUUUCUUCAUUUCAUGGUCUCCUGACACAUCGAGGGUGAAGAGCAAAAUGUUGUAUGCCAGCUCCAAGGAUAGAUUCAGAAGAGAGCUGGAUGGUGUUCGAGUUGAAUUGCAAGCAACUGAUCCGAGUGAAAUGAGCUUUGAAAUUGUCAAAGGGCGAGCCCUGUAA